AUGACCUCCCAGGGCUGGGCGCCUGGCGACUUUUUGGGUGCAGCAAACAGUAACCGGACCGAUACAUAUACCGCUGCCAGCUUUGGCCACAUCCGAGUAUCCCUCAAAGACGAUAACCUAGGGCUGGGAGCUAAACCCCGCCGGCCACUGAUAGACGAUGAGCCCACAGGAUUAGACGCAUUCCAAGGCCUACUGGGACGACUCAAUGGAAGGAGUGAAGUUGAAAUAGAAAAAGAAAUGAAGGUUAAACGGGAUAUUAAAGCCAUGACAUAUAUUGAGCGGAGAUGGGGUUGCAUGAACUUCAUCGGUGGCGGACUCCUGGUACCAGACAAAGCCAAUAAGAUACCAAAUGAAGAAGAAAAUAAGAACGUGGAGGGCCCUGCAGAUGCUAAGCCUGCUGAGGGAUCAGUGGAUGAAGAUAUAGAUACGAAGGAAAAUAGGAAACGGGAAAAGAAGGAGAAAAAGGAACGAAAAGAGAAGAAAGAGAAAUCCAAGGAGAAGAAGAAGCGGAAAAAGGAAACGCAAGAGUCCGAGGAAAUUGCAGAUAGCGGAUUUGCAACGGAGAUAUCUGCUCCCGCUUCAAGAGCGGAGACCUCUGACGAUGCCGAGACUGAUUCGAAGACCGAGAAACAAAAGUCGAAGGAUAAGAAGAAAUCGAAAAAGCGGAAACGAAAAGAAGAAGCACAAGCUGAUAAGGCUGAAACUUCAUCAACACCUAGUGAAGAAGAUACAAAGGACACCAAGAGAGUGGAGGCUUCUCCAUCAACACCAGCAGCACCUAUUGCUGUCAAGGAAAGGGUUAUCCCUAUUUCUCGACAGCUUCUCCGAGGACGGUAUAUACAGCAAAAGAGACGAGCAGUUAUGGACUCCAAGUCAUUGAACGAGGUAUUAUCUCUUACUACUUGUCAUGUCAAGGUCUUCUAG